UCCUGAUCCUGAACUGAACACUCCACUCCUAACAACAUGAGCUGCUACUAUGGCAACUACUAUGGUGGACUGGGCUGUGGCUAUGGUGGCCUAGGCUGUGGCUAUGGCUGUGGCUAUGGUGGCCUAGGCUAUGGCUAUGGUGGCUAUGGUGGUUAUGGUGGCUAUGGUUAUGGAUGCUGCCGCCCACUCUGCGACAGAAGAUGCUGGUCCUAUGGCUUCUACUGAGGCAUUUCCUCAGCUGCUGAGCCUACUGGCUGUCACAUCCUGUCUUACUGGAAUCAUCUCCAACUUUCUUCACAUGAAAAAUAUUAAAUGUCUUCAAAAAUACCAACUCCAAACUCUCAGAAAAAUGAAUGAAAUCAGCACACCUGUUUUAAUUCAUCCUUAACUUUUGAUUGUGUAAUUGUUAAAGAAACGUUUUCAUUUAAUAAUUACCUUUAUAACACUAUGAAAAUUGUGAUCAGAUUUGAAUCUCAA